UGCAUGUCAGCUACCCAUCCUGAGGCCAAAGUCUGCCGUAAUUUUGUCAGCCUGCCUGCUCUUGACCUGGAUAGACUGAGAGAAGCCAGGGUUCUCGUAGACAAAGCUGUCAAGAUGCGUUCUCUAUCCAGGACAGGUAUCCUGUCAUCAGGGAAGGGCUGAGGGCUAGAGGCUGGGUUGAGCGGUGUAUGGUCUACUCUAAGCGUCGAGUGCGUCGCCAUCAGAGCAGUAGGAACAGAACCGGCUCGAAUGAUGCUGUGUACAGCGGUAGAGAUGAUGACAACUCAAAUGAUGCUGAAAAAGAAAAAGAUGCUGACAGACUUCACAAUGUCAUGUCUCGCCUGGUGUGGAAUGAAAUGGUUUACUUCUACUGGACAAACCGCAGAAAGGCCAUCAACACAAAAAACCUGCAUAAGGAACAGAUAACUAAUCAUUUUUCAAAGGCAGGCAACUUGACCACCAAGACAGGCUUGUGUUUGAAUCUGAGGAAACUACACUGGUUUGAUUCGGCUGACCCGGACAGACUAGCAGCACCGGAUGAGAGGCAUGCCUUCAUUGAUGACUACAGGAGGACUGCGUGCACCAGUCUUCUGAAGUACAUUGUGGAGAAGGACCAAGAUAAGAAACAAAGCAAACGGCAGUCUAGCCCAGUGAAUAUUUCCCAAAUGAUCAAUGCACUCAAAGUUUCCGAGGACUUUCUGCAGAGUCUGGAGCACAGUGACAUAGACACUAACUUGGAAACACCGCAAACACCUGCACAGGAGUGGGCAGAGUUUUUAGACAGUUACUAUCUAGUUGUGCAUACAACUCUGUUGUGUGCUUCCUUGCUCAGUGGUGGAGCAGAGAUUGAGAGCAGUGAUUAUUUAGUGUCCCACUGCAAGGCUAUGCUGCAGAGGAUGAAGAUAGUCAAUCCCCAGCUGGAGAUAGAAGGCAUCCAUAACAUCUGGAUCAUCAAACCUGGAGCAAAGUCCAGAGGCAGAGGAAUCAAAUGUGCUAAUCGUCUUGAUCAGAUCCUCGACCUGGUGGAGGGUGAUCCAAAACUUAUCAAGGAAAACAAAUGGGUGGUACAGAAGUACCUGGAGCGCCCCUUCCUUAUCCAUGACACCAAGUUUGAUGUGCGCCAGUGGUUUCUGGGCACCGACUGGAAUCCUCUGACCGUGUGGUUCUACAAAAAGUGCUACUUACGCUUUUCCACAGAACUUUACACACUAGAUUCAAUGGACAGCUCCGUGCACUUGUGUAAUCACUCCAUUCAGAAGCGCUUGAGGCCCUUGGUACAGCGGCACAGAAGCAUUCCAGCAGACAAUAUGUGGUCGGUUGACCAGUUCAAAACAUUUCUGUGCACCAAGGACCGGGAAGCUCAGUGGGAUACUGUAGUAGUCCCAGGAAUGAAGAGAGCUCUCAUCUAUGCGUUACAGACAGCACAGGAUCUGAUAGAGUCACGCAAAAACACAUUUAAGCUCUAUGGUGCUGAUUUCAUGCUAGAUCGUGACUUGCAUCCGUGGUUAUUAGAAAUCAAUUCUAGUCCCACCGUGGCUCCAUCAACCCCUGUGACAGCCCAUCUCUGUGCUGCAGUGCAGGAGGACACUUUACGAGUUGUUCUGGAUCGGAGAGUUAAGCGCACCGCAAACACAGGACACUUCCAGCUCAUAUAUAAAAAGGCUGCUGUGAAAGUUCCUCAGUAUGUUUCUCAACACCUGCGUGUUGAGGGAUUCAGAGUUAAAUGCCCCUGCUCGCUUCCUCCCCUGAAGUCCUCCAGCUGUGCAGUGUCAAAACACUGUUCCCCAUCAAAGACAAGAGUCCUUCAGCAGAAAAAGUAAAGUCUCUUCCUAAGAUACCAUUAAAGGAUGUAGCUCAAAAACACCAACAAUGGGUUUCUGCCACCUCCUCGUCUUCUUUCUCUCACCCUAUGAUGGUAACUCAACAAUGUCUGACAACAGAAGAGAUGUGUAA